UUUGGCGCGUCUUCAUAAAUAUCGGACGCGCUCUGAGCUGGUCGCGACCGCUUUGCCGACCAACACGAACCACUUCGCAGUCGAGCUAAGAGCAGGCCGGUCGCGGUUCUCCCACAUCAUGGCAGACUACGCCAGUGGUCGCAAUGGCGGCGGCGGUCACUUAUCAGGAAGCAAGCCCCUGAAUGCCGGUGCCCGACCUUCCAUGCUGCCUCGCCAGUCUCUUGCGCCGGGCACCGCAAACAGUCGCAGCGGCAAUGCACCGCGGUCGAGUCUUGCGCCAAUCGGCUUCGGAGGGCAGGGACUGAGCGUCUCACGAGCCGGAGAUGAGAUGGGCGCUGUCGCGACUCCACACGCGAGGCAAAGCACCAUGUCUCGGGCCAGCGUAGGCAGGCCCAGCAUUGCACCAACACCAAACAACGGUAGAUAUUCCAACGCAGCUAUCGAAACAGUCAUGUCGGGCCUCAUGUUGGCCAUUGCCAAGAAGCCGCCAAGGCAACUGACCGACACGCGGCCACUUCGGACAAAGAGCUGCAUGGAGAAGAUGGAGCGAGACAUUGUUGCGCUUCUUCACGAUACCCACUUCACCUUUCCUGCCAGACAUCAAGGUGGUCUGCAUGAACCCACGCAGGCUCUCUUCCUCCAAGUCUUCAGGCAUCUCUACCUCUUCCUUGACCCCAAUCACAAGUUCGUCCAGGAACCGAAAAAAGAAAGCGAGGAGAUGCUCCAGUGCCUCACCGACUUCCGAUACCCUUUCCUCGGCGAUCUCUCCAAGACGAAGCUCUCCGCUGCCGGUAGCGCGCAGAAUUGGCCACCGGUCUGCGGCAUGCUGCACUGGAUGGCAAAUCUCGUCAAGAUGUUGGUGAUGGUGCCAUCGCGGACAAAGUACCAAGGUGGUCCACUCGAGAGGCAGAUCGAGCCAGAAGACGACGCCGGGCACUUCUAUCAGUUCUUGUGGAAGUGCUACGAGAGAUUUUGGGCAAACGAAGACGAAUAUCCUGAAGAGAAACUCGCUCUCGAGCAGGCUUUCGCCGAGAGAAACAACGUCUUGCGUCAAGAGAUUGCAGAACUGAAAGAAGAAGAAAAGCAGUACCGCGAACGAUUGGAGACGCUGAAGAGCGAUGACGCCCUAGAAGUGGAAAAGUUUGAAGAGAGGAUCCUCAAGGAGGAUCUCCUCAAGUUCCGCACUUAUCGUGACGAGAAGCUCAACCCAAAGAUUGAGAAGACUCGCAAGGCCCUCGAGAAGCUGAAGGAGGCUCUGGCGAAUUCCGGUGAGGAGAAGACAAGACGAAGACUGAGGAGUACUCAACUGACAACCCAAGGACACUUCAGAGGCGACCUACAGAGAAAAGGAAAAGGAAAAGGCAGAGCUUCAACAACGACUCUCCCUACAACCUGUGUCGGAGGACCAGUACCGGGGCAUGAUGCGGCGCCGAGAGGAGCUGAAGAAGCAGAUCGACGAAGUGGCCAAGAAGAUGCGCGAGGCAAUGAAGGCAAACUACAACAAGGAGGUUGUCCUUACCAACAAGCAGGCCGUUACCGAGGAGGUGCUGGAGGAUCUUACGAACAAGGCCAAGGAGGCUGGCUUCUUUCCUCUCGUGCUUGAGACCGGCGCCAGGCUCUACAGUAUCGAUGUCAAUCCUCACAACGAAUCGACGAUGCUGGCGGAAGGGCUCAAUUUGGACCGGGACAUCGAUUUGAGGAUCAAAAAGGAGAAGAAGGAGCAGGCCCAAAAGCUCAUGAGUCUCCGUCAGGAGAAGGGCAAGCAGGCCGAGCAGCUGGACUCGCUCAUCGAUGAGUUGGAUUCGCUCAAGGAUCAAGUGACGGACCUGAGCAUCAAGCACGACAACAUCCAGGCGAGAAUAGAG